ACGAGCGACACGACAGACACCACCUCGGCAUUGUCCGCCGGCUCGGCCAUGGCAAUGGAGGUUAAACGAAAGAAAAUCCAACAAAGCUCUCUAUUCCCACAGAAAGAGAAUGCAAACGUGCAAGAGAAGCUCGACUUUGAGAAGAGAAUGCGCGAGGGAGCGUACAAGCUGCUGCUGGCUUGCAGUAAAAGGGAACAAGUCCUCAACGCUUCUAAGAACCUGCUGACCUGCAACGCCAGGAUCAGGGCUUAUCUCGCCCAGCUGCAGCGGCAAAAGGGGCAGCAGGGCCUGAUGGGAGCCGGCAGAAGACAUGCUGAUGGCCGUUCACCGUGUUCUGGGACCAUCGCAGUUACUGGCCUACGUUUUCCUUUGCUGUGGAGGGAUUCAGACCAUUUCAAUAACAGAGGAAGCUCUCGGCGGGUGGCGGUGUUCUGUCUGCUGCAGAUUGGCUCUCAGGUGUUUGACACCGACAUGGUGGUGGUGGACAGAUCUGUCACCGACGUCUGCUUCGAGGGAGUCACCCUCUUCAAAGACGUAGUUCCCCAGUUUGAGCUGAAGGUGGAGCUGUGGAGCUGUUCUCUGGAGGAAGAGCUCGUUUUGCCAAACACACCAAAGAAACUGGCAAAGAAGCUCCGUAACUCCAUCGGAAAGAGCGCUGGAAAGAAGCUCUGCCCCCUGCUGGACACUCCGGAUCCCGACACCUUCCUGCAGGACAACCCGAUACCUUCAGGGGCCAAAUACAGCCUGGUGGCCUACACGACCCUCGGUCUGCCCGAUGCUGAUAGCAGCUUUCAGUCUCACUCCCUCAUUGUCUACCAGGACGCUGAGUGGCCAUCCUGGCUUCCUCUUUAUGGCAACCUGUGCUGCCGGUUAGUGGCACAGCCGGCCUGUAUGACACAGAGCGCGAUGACCGGCUAUUUGAGUCAGAAGGAAAGUGUGGAGGGAGUGAGCCGCUGCUGCAGUCUCUACUGUGUGCUGAGCGCCGGCUUUUUGUCCUGCUACUUCAGCCCAGAGGAAAUCGAUGCUAAAGUGCCGCCCGCCCUUAAUGUGCCAAUCAAUAAUGAGAGCCGGGUCUGUGUGUUGGACAAACAGUCGGCGGGUCGCAAAUCCAAGAGUUUGUCCAUCGUCAACCCGUCCCCCGAGGGAUCCCAGAACCUUGUGUUCACUGCAGACACCAGGGAGGAGCUGGAGCGAUGGAUGGACUCCCUCCACCAGCACCUCUACGACCAGAGCCAGUGGCUUCACUGCUGCGACCGGCUAAUGAAAAUUGAGGUCGCGUCACCACGGAAACCAUCGCUUUUCCUCACCAAGCAGGCGGACUCUGUUUACAACGACCUCAGUAUUAAUUCACCCAGCAAGUUUGAGAGCAUCACAGACAUAAUCCACAGUAAAAUCGAAGAGACAGAUGGCCGCUACCUUAUCGGGCAAGAGGAGCAGAAGGAGGCCCCUGACUGGUCCUCUCUCUUUGACGGCUCCCAUUCAGUGGUGGUGGAGAAGAGUUUUCUUUCCCAGAGCAAAGCCUCCACCCCCGCUUCAAGCCCCAACUCCAAAACCAGCUCCACGCCCGUCAGCAACAAGAAGCGCCGCGCUCCGCCCCCUCCCUCUAACGUGAAGCCCUACGCCGACCCCGCCCGUCCGGCCAGGCCUCCGCUCCCCUCCUCUCUGCAUCACCACCCCCCUCCUCCAAACCAGGAGAAGGAGAACUCGGGUAGCUUCGUCUCGCGGCCAGCCCCCAGGUCCAAAACGGGCAGACCCUCGCUGGAUGCCAAGUUCUCCGCCAUCAUCCAGCAGCUCCAGCGGAACAACGCCGGCGCGGCGGCGGCUCCGAGCCGGAAGAACGCUCCCCUGGCCGUCCUGGACGUCCACGGUCCGCCGCCGCCUUCUCUGCAGCAGUCCGUCUACCCGAACCACGACCUGCGCCCGCCUGAGGACGCAGCGGAUCCCGCGUUUGCCCGAGCCUGCAGUGCUCCCGGCGCCGGUCCUGUCCCUGCGCCCCGCGCCAAGCUGAGGAAGUCUUUCAGAGAGAGGAUGAACCUCAAAGCUUUGUAAUAUCUCAGCCUUUUCCACAUCUUUUCAGAACCAGAAGUGUAGACACACUCCUCAUCAGCACGAACGUGGUUCAGAUAAUUCAUGUGAGCUGUUCUUUUUUUCUUUUUUGUUUUUUCCUGUGAUUCACUCAUAAUGCACAGAACCUUGGGUGCACAACUUUAAAUGUAUCGUUUAUUAUCUCUAUUCUACAUGCAGGCUGAAAUGUAGAGACUAAUAUUGGAAUCUGUUACCAUGAACAAGGUUGCAGCAUAAUUCUGGCUACACAUUUGAUUUAUCUCCUUAUCAAACGUCCUCAACGUGUCGAAAGGAUUUAGUUCAAGACCUCACGUUAUUUCAGAAAUGUUCAGUUUACGUAUUCCAAAAACUGGCUUCGAUAUCUUCUUACGAUCGGUGUCCUGUUGAAACUCCCGGUUAUAUUUACAUUUCCUCCUUUUUAACCUGUUGAUUCAGGAGGAAGUUGAAGAAACUAGAGGUAGUCUUCCUCUGCUGUUCAUUGCAGCUCAGGUAAAGCACCGAUAUCAGCUGCAGGGCCACCGGCCCUCAGCAUGACGCUGCCACCAUCAUGCCUGCCAGCUGUUGCAGCGUUCUUUGGUUUAAAAGCCUUUAACUCCUCCAAACAUUCUUCCCGUCAUUGUGCCUAAAGAUAUGAUGCGUUUCUUUUUGGAGGGAUUUGGCUUUUUCUCGUGGGCAGCUGGGAUUUAUCUCUCGGCCUCCAGUUCUGCCUUGAAACGUGAUCAAACAUGGAGCCAGAAUUACGCCGCAAGCUCGUUAAUGGCUACAGAAACGGGAGGUCGAGGCUUUGACCAGGUGUCGGUGGGGGGGGGGUGUGAGUCCAAAUGGCCUCGAGAAAGUCUGCGAUGAUCUCAGACUUGUUGAUCUUUAUUAUUUUUUCAAGAGCUGUUUGUAAGUGUUAUUUUUGUCUAAUUAUUUCACCCUUCAUCGAGCGACGUCCAAGUGCCUCGUUAAAAGCUUCAAUCUAUGAUCAGACUGAUGAUCAGCGGACGUGAACCUGCAGGUGGAAAUGUGUUUGUUGUAUUCGUUGAUCGCUAGCACCGGCUUACUGUGACGCAACCACUUUAUCUGAUUCAAGCGGCAUUAAUGAAAUCUUAUGUUUUGAUCUUAUCUCGGUUUGGGAACUACUCGGUCAACCUGAGCGUUUUUUUUUUUUAACCGAGGGAAAGAGGCUGAAACGGUGCAGCUCCCAGUACAUGUUGGGUGUUUAGAAACGACGUCAGAAGGAGCGCAUUAGGUGUUGGAAGCUAUUUAAAAGGAAACUACGUUUUCUAUGACAUGACAUCUCUGCGGUUUAUUUGCUUGUACUUGGAGAGCAAGGAGGCAGGAAGGUUGAGCAAUUUACUGCUUUCUUUUGUAUCAUUUUGAGCUCUCGCUGUCAUGCAGCAUGCCGGAUGUUGCUAAUGUUGGCAGUUUUUUCUACAUCUCAGAGAUAAAGUGAGGAUAGCAUCAUGUAGGGAGCAGGCACCUCCGUUUACAGUUCACUAAUGCUGACGUGAGAUGCAAAGACGGUUAACAAAUUCAGCUCCCUGGUCUUUUUUGUUUUAAUCGAAACCGUAAAACCUCCGUUGACGGUGAAUCCAAUAAUUAAAUUCCCAGUAUUUGGAGAAGCACCAGUAGCAGGGAAGUUCAAAGAUAUAAAUGUAAUGCUGUGAAUCAUAGUUGCUAAAGAGAAACUAACUGGCUAACGUCCAUCAGGAGGGCUUUAGCCUUAUAAAACCCGCAGACUGAAGAACAAGACUGAUUACUGCGACUUUGAUAACGGGCGGUGGUCCUAAGCUCCUGAAUUAUAACAUCAAUAUAAAACACACGAAUCAGAGCGUCAAGCCACUAGUUUACCACGUUGUAUCGGUACAAGCAUAUCUAUACAAUAACCACCUAAAUUCCUGCUGCCAGUUCAUAGCGCUAUGAUCAACCUGCUGCUUUACGUCAAUAAAGUUAUUUUAUGCAGCUGACCCACAUGUGAGACAGGCACGCUUCAAUCCUGCUAAAAAUAGAAAGGCCUGCUUCUUUCCUCCAGCUCUAGAACAUGAAUUGAAAUGGGGGAAAGAAUUGGCAAAUGCACUUAAAUUUAAGUUCAUCCAUUUGGGGGAACCGCGGACAAGCCACUGCUUUUGGAGCUAUUGACAUAUUCUGUUUACCGCAAAGACCUCACGGCCACUAUAGCUCCUUUUUAAAGAAACAAUUGCAAACAGUAAUGUGACUUCUCUAUUCCUCCUCGAGGUCUUUGAUAGAGUAACCUUGUUUUUUUUUUUUUUUUUUAGUGGCUGCACAGCAUAAUUUAACAUAGCAGCCAAUAAAUGCUCUGAACAUAAUUGAAUGAAUGGGCCUUUUGAGUGGCCUGAAUAAUGAAUGUCCUUGUGUAGUUGUUUUGAACGUCCCCCGCACUGCAAGCCCCUAAAUAUUCCAGCCACUUAAUGGCAUUGUGCCGAAGAACGGUCAUCGUAAUUACACGCGGAGUACAAAACAUUGCUCUCGUUUAAAUUACCUGAAGAGACGAGGCGACGCGGGGAAGGCUGCAGUAACUAUUUUUCAGUUCUCCUGCUAAAGCGCUUAAAUUACACAGAAUGGGGGGGGGGGGGGGAAGCUUCGGGAGAGAAAAGGGAACACAGCUCGGCAUUUAGCAGUGUGCCGGAUGUAUCUGACGCUUGCUGUGCCUCACUUGGUUUCUCUACUGUAACAGUCUAGGAAAACAAAACAAUAUGUCAACUUUUUUUUUUUUUUUUUUUCCUUCUGAAUGAAACUUCUUGGCACAAAAAAAACCGAACAAAACGAAACGGGGAAAGUGCAGCGUUGCAUUUCUUGUACUGUGAUAGAAGAGUUUUCUGCAUUAUUUUACACAAUUUGUUGCACAGGCAUCGAGGGUACUGGAAUGCUGAUUAAAUCAAAAACUGUUAAGGAGGAAAGGAGUACAGCUAAAUUAAAAAGAUGGCUUUAAAAGGCUUAUUUUUUUAAAUGGAUGACUGCAAUAGCAAAAGCUAAUCUUUGUCAUUUUUUUCUUGUUUAUGACUGCAAUGUGUUUUUAUAGAUGUCAUUUUUAUAUAUCUUUUUUGUAUCGGUAAGUAGUGAAACGUUAAUUUUGCAUUUGUAGUGUACAGUUUUAAUGGCAUGUAAAAUUAUAUAUGUUCUCAUUGUUGUCUCAGAAGCUAUAACAUGUUUUGUUUUUUUGUUUUUAAUCACUGCUGAUCUGCAAUAAAACGACCUACAUUCCA